ACCCGGCCGCAGUGUAAGAACCGACGCAGCAAGGAGCGUCAUUGCGUCGCGACGCUCUCUUCCCUGAGAAUACAAAAAUUGGGUACCAAAAACAGCCCAAGGUGCAAAAAUAUUUCGACCCGUUCGAUAAUCUUACCCCGUUCGAUGACAAUCGCCGCACUGACAAGGAAUAGACGUUUCUUUCCGUCGGUUCCGAUCCAGGGGAAAUAGAGUGACUGUAGUUAUGUACAAGUGAAUUAUUCCCGAUUCCAGUAUUCUUCAACUUCCCGUGACUGUGCGAUUCAAAAAUUCUAAGGAUUUUGUUUUACUCGUAAGCUAUGAAUCUGCGGUAUCUAAAUCAUUUUUUUAACACUCACGUGUAAAUAAAGCUCUACACGUACGUUUGUUUACACGCAGGAUUGAUUACCAUGAACGUGUCGUUGUUCGUUUGUCGAUAUGAGUAUAAGGUGUAGAGUUAACAACCUGUUGUUCAUUUUUGAGGGCUGGAAUGUGUCACUUUACCUAUAUUUCAUGUAGCAUCAGUGCCUCCGUGAGUGAGAAUUUUUAAACUCCCAACGGUUGCGUGUAACGCUAACGAUUAUAUUAUAAAAAGCUCAGAGAUUUUGUGUUUAUAAGUUUCAACACUAACCGGUACUAACAAUUUUGUUUAUAAUAUGAAAACUUGAUGCAAGCAUAGAUAGAAUUCUUAUCUCGUGGAUGCUUGAUCGAUAAAACAGUAUUAAGCAUAGAUUGUACAAUAUCCUGUUGUGGCAAUAACAAAGAUAAGAGAGAUCGAUAAACGAGAGGUGAAAGAUUGUCUCAACUUUUCUAAACCAAAAGUCGACCAAGAGCUUGAAGAAGAGAGAAAGUGAGGUUAAAAAAGCAUCCUUAAUAAAAAUUCAUUCAAAAUGAGAGUAAGGAAAGUAAACUAAAUUUCAUCACCGCAUGCAUGUGGGUCACUCGCAUCGUGGUUGCAGUUGCAACUACACCUAAGAUAACAAGAUCCCAGUGGAGUUCACCGAGCUGAGAAGGUGAAGAAUGUGGAGUUCGGUGACAGCUGCAGGAACUGAGAAUGGUCCAGCACCACCAUCGCGAAGUAAACACAGCGCUACCCUGCUUUCCGGUCAUGUGUACCUUCUGGGUGGUCGAAACGGCAAUCUUCCCUUGAAGGACUUGUGGCGCUACAGCCUUGCUGAAAGCAGAUGGGAGGAGCUGCAUCCUGGAGGUGAAAGGCCAUCCGCCUUGCAAGAACACAGUGCAGUCGCUUACAAGGAUUGUCUCUACGUUUUUGGUGGGGAGCUUGGAUUCUCAGCAGGCACAGAAACGCCGCUUUGGGUUUACAAUGUGAAGAACAACUCUUGGAGAAAAAUAAGAGCACAAAGAGGCUGCGCAGUGCCGAGAGGACGCAGAGGACACACCGCCCUCGUUCAUCGAGGACAGAUGUUGAUAUACGGUGGCUAUCAGGACCUUCGUGGGAGUUCACCGGAGCUGUGGGCCUUCCACUUCGAAACGGAAUCAUGGCAUUUACUCUCAUCAAGCGAAUGUGGCCCGGCAGCACGGCACAAGCAUUCGGCAGUGCUUCACGAAGACGCGGUUUACAUUUAUGGCGGUAUGACCGAUCUGCAGGAGAGAAGCGACUGCUGGCGGUGGGACGUAAAUACAGCCUCGUGGUGUUUGCUCAAAAGUAAACCUGGCCCAGGACCUCUUCACGGACACGCUGCAUGCAGGUUGCCCAGCUGCAUGCUUCUGUUCGGUGGUGAAAGCGGCGGGCUGCCCACCAACGAACUCUGGAGGUUUCAUUUCGGUACUGAGACUUGGGAGAAACUUUGCGUACCUGGGCUGAAGCCACAACCAAGAGCGGAAAGUGUGGCUCUCGCCGUUUCCGAGCUUCUACUUCGAGGCUCGUGUAUCGAUCAUCCCAAGGCUAGAUUCCGAAGCCAAAGACCCAGGCUAUCGUCGAACAGGAUCUCACCGUCUGAGGCCCCGACAAGGCCCAGUUUUCUCAAGGAAAUCUCGAAACUGUCGCAGAUAAACCUUUCGAGGUUGAGCCACCCAGCGAAGUGCAGCUACUCUGUGCUCAGCGGCCAAGAAGACAACGAAGAGAGCCCAAAAGAUAUGAAUUCGUACUACCCAUUUCAACAAGUCGAUGUCGAAGUGGCCGAGCCAACGACAGGGAUGGUCAAAUCCCGCAGUGCCAACGCGCUGGCUAAACGACGACAAAAACUUCCCGAAACUCAAAAAACGGCGGAGCCCCGUUCGACGUCGGGAAUGAUCCGUGAUCCGAUUUCUGUGCCAAAUUUUCGGGCUCUAACAUUGCCUACUCCAGUGCUCACCCCCGUAGAAGCCGCGAGGCUAGUUUUCGUCGACCCAGAUGAAGAUACCGAUGACGAGUACAACAAGGAUCCACCAACCACGAGACUCAUCGAAGUUGCCGAGGCGGAGCCAAGGGAUUUUGCAUCAGUUCAUCAGGCUUACCAGCCACCAACGCGUGGCGACAGUUACAGUUCCCACCUCUACGAGGCAGUUCAAACCCCGAAAACUCCGACUACAACGAAGAUUCCAACCUCGGCAUCGGUGAGAUUCGCGGACCUCGAAGAGGGGGAGGAAUCGACCUCUGAUUACGCGAGCAUCGAAGCCCGUAGUCCCGGUGAUCCUCUGGGUGACGAUGACUGGCCCAAAAAGUCGUCGAAGCAAAAGAUAAUCCGUGAAGGACAGUUCGGAUUCUGCAAUCCGAAUUAUCUGGGCCUCGAAAUGAACGUCGACGCGAAAUACGCCAAGAUGCUGAACAGUCCGCCUGACAGCGUCCUCGAGGAUGGACCAGGCCGUUCGGCCUCCCAGACAUUCGAGGAACUCCUUGAACUGCAGGAAAUGAGACCUCGGGCUCCGCCGAAGAGCCUGCCCUUAGGAUCACCCUCGAGACGAGCCCUCAGCGCCUCCAGAGCCGAGAGACAGAGGGCCAAAAUGGCCGCCACAGAGACGAACACGCCAGGACCUGCACCGCUCUACGUCUUCUUGGUUGGCGGUAAGGAAAAGGGUCAGGUGACCGUAUUCGCCAGGCCCGUUUCAUUGUGGAAGUUGCAACUCGCCCCGCACAUAUUCUGAAUCGUACUUAUACAUAUAAUUAGCUGUAUUAUUUGUGGUAUAUAAGGCUCAAGUAUCAUCGCUGUCCAGUGCCAAGAUUAUGUAUACUUAUGUUUUUCCAAACGUAAGGCUACAGCAGCUGCGGACUCUCUUCGAUCUUAUGACUGAACGAGAUGGUUUUUUUUUUCCUUUUUUCUUUUUUUCAACAAACGAAGCGACUCAGUUUAACAGGUUUUGGGGUCAAAUUCGUAAGGCCGAAAUCAUAAGGAUAUCAUUUAAGGGUAAGGAAAAGAUUCUAAGAAGAUUAGAAAAUCGAACGGUCAUAACAUAGAAUUUUCAGAAACGUGACAAACUGUUUUAUUGUGUUUUACAAUAUAGAUUAUUUUAAAAUGUAAAACAGUAAAGUUAAAAUGUAUAACAAAUUGAAGUAUAGAACCGUCAGAAUUCUAACAAUUUUAUUUUAUGGCUUGCUAUAUUCUCAUGCAUUCUGACGAUUCCGCAUUUUAACUUUCAUACUUUCAUACUUCUGACCUUUCUUCAUUCUAUGACGAUUUGUAUGAAACUGAUUUUAGCCUCUUUGAAAAUUCGAUGUUGUGACCCGUCUAUUUUCUGAUCUUUCUACAUUUUUACCCCCAGCCAUCAAUUGCAUCCAAAUUUCUCCAAAUCCGAGUUUCAUUUUGAGCAAAGGUACAAAAAUCUGUGUGAACUUAAUUCAUUCCUUACAUGUGGAACAGAGAGAAGAUUUAUAUCAAUUGAACCCGAAACAAAGUUGUGUUGGAGUGAAGCAGCAAGAAAUUUGAAAAUCACCGUCGAACAUCAACACCAAAAGUAAAAUGAAAUUGUUGAUACGAUAUUCCCCAGUCAGCCAAAUGACAAUGGCUGUAAAAAC